AUGUUAUUAGAAAUUAAAAAUUUAAGUAUAAGAAUAAUAGAUAGUUCUAAUUGUAUUCAUGGUCCACUAAGUAGUUGUCCCAAAACUUUUGGUCUUAAAGAACUGAAAAAAGGUUACUUUCCUCAUUUCUUUAAUACAGUAGAAAAUCAAAAUUAUAUUGGUAUAUUACCUGAUAAAAAAUAUUAUGGAUUUGAAACAAUGAAACCAGAGAAUAAACUAGAAUUUGAAAAAUGGUAUAAUGAUAAAAUUAAUGAAAAUUAUAUAUUUAAUUUAAAAGAAGAAUUAGAGGCAUACUGUACUUCAGAUGUGGAUAUCGAACGAAGAGGUUGUUUAGAACUUAGAAAACAAUUUUAA